AUGGAUACGACUAAGAUUGGUGAAUUUUCAAGUAACAAUAGUCUGCCUUUAGAAAUAGCAAAGGAAGAAAAAGAAAUAAAAGCAAAAUUGACAUUGACCAAAAAACAGAAAAGAGACUUACAUGAUGCUUUCAAUCUUUUGGAUCAUUCUGGAGAAGGAAAAAUAAAAGCAGAUGACUUUCGUGUAGUAAUUAAGGCUUUGGGUUAUGAGCCCACUAAAGAGGAGCUGCAACAAAUGAUAAACGGCGUAGACAAGACGCAAUCGGGCAAGUUGAGCUUCGAGAAUUUCGAAACAGCCAUAAUGAGAAAAAUCAUGUCGCAAGACAGUGAUGGCGACAUCAUGAAGAGUUUCCGCCUUUUUGACAACGAUGAUACCGGUGUAAUAAGUUUCGAUAACGUGAAGCGGGUAUCUGAACUUUUAGGCGCUAACUUGACUGAUGAGGAAAUCGAAGAAAUGAUGGAUGAUGCUGAUAAAGAUUUCGACGGCGUGAUAUCGGUGGACGAAUUUAUGAGGCUUAUAAAAACUUCUGUACACAUAGACACGCCU